AUGGUUGAGUAUUUGAAUACACAGGCGGUAUUAACGGACACACUCCGGCGGUAUAUCGAAGCACUGCAGCAGAAAGUCGAUGUUAUAAAGAGCAAAACAAAUGAAAUCAGAGCCAUCAACGAUGUGGCCGCCGCUGACAUGCACAAAUAUGUGAGUAAUCCCCUGAAUGCGUUGACCAUUCUGAAGCGCUUCACAUCCGACUGGCAGAUGCUGCGGCAAUAUGCUCACAAUAUUGACAGCACAACAGAAAUCGUUAAAAAUCUGACAUUCACCAGGAAGUCGUUGAAAUUCCCGAGCGAAAGUGAUUUCGAUGAGGCAGCCCUUAACCUGCUGCGAAUUCAGGGUGCCUACCAACUGGAGCCAGAGCGUUUGGCUGUGGGUGAGGUGAACGGCAUAAAGUUGGGCGCAGCCAUGUCCUGGAGCGAUUGUCUGGAAAUUGGUCGUAAAUCAGUGCAAAAUGGCGACUUUAUGAUUGCGAAAUUUUGGAUGGAAGUGGCGCUGGGGAAGUUGCCUGCUGUAGCUGGCGCGUCAAUGACGGCGGCAAAUGCCACAGAAGGCAUGUCCUCAACCGAGUGGCGCAGUGCGGAGUUGGAGAGUGCGCGCUUGCAGAUUAUGGAAGCGCUGUCUAUAAUCGAGUCCAAUAUGGGUAAUCUAGAUAGCGCGCUCGACAUCAUCAACACACUAUUGAAGAAACAUCCAAAAAAUAAAAACCUGCUUAAAACCAAGACACGAGUGGAAAAAAAACUUAGAAAAUCCACGAAAAAAUUCAAAAAAAUGUCGAGGCAGAGCAAAGGAAAUAAAGCGCAAAGUGACAAAUCUGUUGGAGAAUUGCUGAUUGGAGAGAUUUGCCGUGCGGCAACAAACAUCGACGCCGCCAGCAGCAGCGGCGCAUUUAGCGGCAGCGCACCAGAUUGUCGCCUGAUUUACGGUAAUCUGCCUGAGCUGCUGCUGCAACCACUCCAAGUGGAGCUCCUAAGCCUGGAUCCCUACAUCGCCAUAUAUCACAACGUGUUGAGCGCACAGGAAAUCAGCGACUUGCAGCAGAUUAUCGCCGAUGCGGAUGACGGCGAUGAGGCAGCUGUAGCAAAGCUACUAAAGCGCAAGAGCACCACGGAGCGCUUGCAAUUGGCUACUUGGCAAAUGGAGCGUUGGACGUUCGAAGAUGACGUGCACACAGCCGCGCUGCUGCCAGCGACAACAGAAAUCAUGGCGAAUGUUCUGCUCAAUCUGCAAACAGCCAAGUUGGGGGGCGCUAUUGUCUUUCCGCAGUUGGAAUUGGGCAUCACGCUGCCGACGAAUGCCUUGCUUUAUUGGACGCAGCUGAAUGGGUACCAUGAAUACGAUUAUCGCAGCAAGCAGCAUGUCUGUCCGGUGAUUGUCGGCACACAACUCGCGGCGUAUACCAGCAUUCAAGCCUGA